AUGGAUCGAGAGCAAGAGGAGAUGCAAUUUCUGUAUUUCUUUGGCAUCAUCAAGGAGUCCAUCAAGAUCAUCUUCACUUGGAGGAAGAUCUUCAGCCAAAUCACAGUGGCCCUUAUAUUCCCUCUUUCCUUAAUCUCCUUAGCUCACAUUGAGAUCACCGACUUGCUCUUCGGAAAGAUCAACCACGACGAGCUCAAACUCGACCAUGCCAAAGCCGACACUCCUGAAUACAAUAGGCUCAUUGACCAUGUGACCUCGGACUUAAUCGAGCUCUGGAUCUUCAAAGCCGUCUACCUCGUCCUGUGUCUGAUCUUUUCUCUUCUUUCCACAUCCGCGGUCGUGUACACAAUCGCGUGCGUGUACACCUCACAAUCAAUCACUUUCGGGAGAGUGAUGAGUGUCAUCCCGAAGGUGUGGAAGAGGCUCAUGAUCACAUUCUUAUGGAGUUUUUUCGUUGUCUUCGUCUACAAUGUCGUGACUGCUCUAGUCAUCUAUCUCUUGAUUGUUCUUAUUCAAUCUACUGCCACUGCACUAACCCUAGUUAUCAUCCUCCUCAUCUUGUACUUCGCUGGGCUUGUGUAUAUCACUGUCAUUUGGCACUUGGCAGGUGUGAUUUCUGUGCUAGAGGACACAUAUGGUAUUCAGGCCAUGUUCAAGAGCAAGAACCUGAUCAAGGGUAAAAUGAGGGUCUCGAUAGCUCUCUUCCUCUUGCUGAUGAUUGGGUCCCCGGUUAUCCAAACAGGGUUCAACAACCUUGCGGCCAAUGGGUCUGGAUCGGGGUUUGUAAGGUUUGGUGUUGCAGUUCUUUGUUUCUUGCUUCUGUUCAAGUGGAUCCUCUUCGGUCUCGUCGUGCAAACCAUGAUCUACUUCGUGUGCAAGUCGUACCACCACGAGAACAUCGACAAGCUGGCGCUUGCGGAUCAUCUCGAGGCCUAUCUUUUGGCUGGAUACGUCCCUCUCAAAUCCCAUGACCUACAACUAGAACAAGUCGCCGUAUAA